AUGGGCCCGUUAAUUUCUUCAUCGUCGGCAAUGGAGGAACGAUCGGCAUCUUCUUCGUCAUAUUUUACUCAUUUAUUGCCUUCCUGUCGUCUACUUUUACGUGUUUAUUCGGCUGAAGGACUUCGUCAUGUGUCAAGUCAUGGCACGUACUGUAAACUUUAUAUAGGGAGCAAUGAAAUGGUGUCGGGUAGUGGCACCUUUGCUCGGCAAAAACAGAAAUUGUCAUCAUCAACAUCGUCACAUAGUAUUGGAGGGUUGCUACAGUCUUCAUUUGGUAGUAGUCGAAUGAAUACGGCACAACUUUCAACGACACCUUUACCCUCUACAUCAUCAACCGAAGGAAAUUUAAGUGACAAGAACAACAAGAUGAGAGUUUUGAAGACAAAGGUACAAAAAGGAAAACGAUCCGAUCCUGUUUGGAACGAAAAGUUUGAUAUUCCGGUACUUGAUUUGAACGAAGCCAUGCUGAGUAUUCGAGUCAAGUCAGCAAGACUCAUGUCGUCUCCUGCUAUUGGAGCGUGCUCUGUUUCGUUGAAACAUUUGAUGGGAUUAAGAAAUACGACAAUUGAUCGAUGGAUUGAGUUGAGACAGGGAAAAAAGGAUGCAGGACGGAUUCGACUGCAAUUGAGACUUGUGGACCCUUCGAUUGCGAGAUUACAGGACAACAACUCGACUACACGAGGACGAAACCAGACUAAUAGUGACACUUAUUUGAGUCUCCCUGGAGAAGAAACUUUUGAAGAUAUUGCUAAACGGUCCAAAAAAAUGUCGAGACGUGACCACAAGUAUUAUCGAUCUGCGCGGCAUUUUGACGGACGACCCGUGAUCAUGACACCUCUAGGAAGUAGUAGCGGUAGCAACCGAUCGGCUAGUGACAAGGACGAUGACCAGAAGCGUCUUGCUUUGACUAGGAACAAUAGUGCCACGUCGAACGAGUCCAUUGACGACUCGGAACCUGCAAGUGAUGUGUCGAUCUCCCCUGUCGUCUCUCCACGACCUAAUAGAGCAUCGAAAGAAGAUAGCUCGACGUUGGCUGAUUCGAGUCCUAUAGGAAGGGGACAGACAGCGGGCAAGCCUGUGCCAUCAGUCUUAGUUGCGAGCGGAUUGGAUACGUCGUACGAACGCCGCGGCACGAUGAGAAGAUCAGAAUUGGAGCGCACGAGAAUGUCAAUAUCUGAAAUUUUACGAACGUCUAGGGAAUCAAGACCGUCACGAGCACCAAAGCAACCGGUUACUCAAGAAGAUGAUGAUGAUGACGACGAUGAAUUUGAUGAUGACGAGUAUGAAUUUGAUGACGACGAUGAAUUCUAUGACGAGUAUGAUAACGGAGAGAAGUCAAUUGAUUCCUCGAUAGGUAAUCACACAAAAUCGAGUGUGGUAUCAAGCACUCUUGAAAGCUCCGUAGACGCUCGUGAAAGUUCUCGGAUGGAUUUUGACGACGACGACGACGAUGAUGAUGAGUGGGGCUCCGUGGAUAAGCGGGAAAAGUCGGUAAACAGCGGGACUGCGUCUUAUGUGUUGUCAAGCGCAGCGUCGAGUACGAUUGACCCGCGUGAAAGCUCGCGGUAUAGCUUUAACGAUAGUGAAAGUGACUAUGAAAAUGAUGAGGUCAAUUUGGAGAAGGCACGUGAGCAGCAAAGACAACAGUGGCAGAUGGAGCAGCGAAAGAUGCAGCUUUCGGGGAUUAAGGAAGUUUCACAGUCCAUGUCUGAUGAUGAAAGUGACGAUGAUUUUGAAGAUGAGGACGACUAUGGCGAUGACCUCGUUCUGAAUUCGCCACGAAUGCAGUUUCGUCCGACAAUCACGACACUUUUGGGUCGCGAAAGUAUGAACGUUUUAUUUGAGGAGGAAGACGAUGAAGAAGAAAGUUUCGAGUGUUACAAGAUGAGCGAGGAGUUUAUACCUAUGCUUGAAGCUUCUUCUCCGAUGUCUGUUGAUUCUCUGGACUGCCCGUUGCUCCGGUCAAGUUUUGAUUGA